AUUUCGCAUGAAGCUACUAGUUUAUUUACUUUCAGGGUUAGUGCGGCAUGAAAACUGCGCUCAGAUCUAAUUUCCAGCUGUAUGGUUAAGCAUGGCUGUCACAACAUGUAAAGAGAUUCCCCCUAAUGCUGUAGGUGCUGAAGAACUGAGGAGACCCGCAGGAGGACACCAUGUCCCACAGUGAGUCAGACAACUGCACGGACAACAAGUCCCCUAAAAUAGAGACCCUCUUCUCCACAGAACUUCAUAUAUACGAGCCAGGAGAUGAAGGAUACCAACCGAGAAGCCUGCGAACACUCCAGUCUGAAACAGCCACCCCACAGGAAGACGAGAUGGACAACCUGGUGGUACCGGAGCAGGUCAUUCUGAGAACAGAGACUCCUGCAGCAAAGAAGCCUGAGACCCAAAAGUUGAUUCUGAGCACAGAGAGCCCUGCAGCAAAGAAGCUAGGUACCCACCAGCUGAUUCCCAAGAGCUUAGCGGUGUCAAGCCGACCCAAGAAUCGUCACCACACCACCGUGGUGACCUUCCCAGUGGGACGGGAGAAUUCAAACAGCGAAAACCACAGCCGUCACUCAGCGCAGGGGCCAGAUGUUUCCUGGGACGACUAUGACAGCGAUGGAGACGGGUCUGCCUUCAGGAGGAACCGCAGGAACAAGUCAUAUCGGGCGGCGGUGACCAGCCUGGACAUUGAUGCCAUGACAUCCGAGACAGCGCCUAAAACCACUCUGAAACCCGUUGAUGAAAACCGAGAAAGCAGUCCUGGUCCUUCUCUCAGCAAUAGACGCAAGCGAUCCCUGGGCAGAAAGAGGAACCAGCGUGGAUCAUUCAAAGAUGCGACACCAUGCCUGUACCAGGAGAUCAGAGAGCGCGGCCUGGACUCCACCCAGCAGGACGAGCUGCUGGAGGACUUUGUUGUGGUGGAGCCUCCAGCGGAGGACCACGGCAUCGUGAUGAAGAGCUAUAAGCAAGCUCACCUCACCUGGAGCCAGUUACCUCAGGUGCAAGAAUCUGGUAUUCUGUCAACAAUCACACCUCAGGAGAGAAAGAGACAAGAGGCCAUUUUUGAAAUUAUCACCUCAGAGCACUCAUACCUGCACAGCCUUGGCAUCCUGGUACGUCACUUCAAGAACAGCGCAGCGUUGAAGAAAACGAUGACGACGACGGAGCACCACCACCUCUUCUCCAACAUAUCCGUCAUCCUCACAGCCAGCCAACGCUUCUUUACGGAUCUUGAACAACGUCACAAUGAGCAGCUGGUAAUCCGGGACAUCAGCGACAUUGUUAAGAACCACGCAGCACGCCACUUCGCUCCUUACAUCGUCUACUGCUCCAACGAGACCUUUCAGCAGAGGACGCUCCAGAAGCUGCUGAAUAAUAACUCUGCGUUCAAAGACACCCUGAAAGAAAUUGAGAGAAAUAGUGAAUGUGGAGGCCUUCCCAUGUUCUCGUUUCUCAUCCUGCCCAUGCAGCGUGUGACCAGACUACCACUUCUGCUUGAUACAAUCUGUCAGAAGACUCAGGACCAGACGGCGGAGUACUUUGCUGCCGUUUGGGCGCUGAAGGCCAUGAGCAAGUUGGUCACUGAAUGCAACGACGGAGCAAGGCGGAUGGAGAGGACGGAGCAGAUGUACACCAUCCAAAAACAGAUGGAGUUUGGAAAAAUAAAGCCAUUUCCCCUGGUGUCAGCAUCGCGAUGGUUGAAGAAGCGCGGCGAGCUGGCCGUCUCCAGCGAAGAGCUCAGCCUGUGGAGGGCUUUCACCAACAGGAGCUACUACCUGUUCCUCUUCAACGACGUGCUGAUCGUCACCAGAAAGAAGUCUGAGGAGAGCUUCGUGGUGUUGGACUACGCCACUCUGGAUAACGUCCAGGUCGAGUUUGGGGAAGACGCCGAUGUACGGACGUCGCCCAGCAAAAGCAACUCCAACUACCUUUCCUUUAAACUGCGGAUGAGCAAGAACAGCGAGGGGAAAUUAGAGCAGAUCUCUCUGGUGGCUGACUCCAGGGUGGACCGGGCACGAUGGAUCACUGCUCUUAAAGAGCAGAAGCAAGAAGGGGUCUUCACUUGCACAGAUGGUUUGCCGCAGUAUGAAGUCACCAAAACGCACAUGCCUAAAGAACCAGACGAACUCGGCCUGCGACAGGCGGAGGUCGUCAUUGUUCUCCAAAAGGAAGAAGAGUGGUGCUAUGGGGAGAGGAUGCGGGACGGAGAGAGAGGCUGGUUUCCUGCCAACUGCGCCACGGAGAUCACAGAUCCCACCGCCAUGGAGAGCAACGUGCAACGAAUGAAGCGUUUGCGUAAGGAGACCAACGUCUGAAGCGGCUGCAGCACGCCACUGGAAUAAGACGCUGUUGAAGGCUAACAUACACUGCACUGCUGAUGAGUUACUCUAAGCCCUGGAAGUCCAUUAUCACAGACUGAGAUUCUGUUCCCUACGUAGCAUAAUGUGCAAACACUGACCUCACACGAGAUGUUGGGGUUUGUUCCUCCAUUUUUCUGACAUUUCUUCAAAUGGUGCCAAAUGUGGUCGAGUAUAAAGGAAUGAAGACAAGGUCAGAUCUUACAAAACGUGACACUCAAAUUUAAACAUCUACUUCAUACUGUAAAAAAAAAAAAAAAAAUCUGAUAUUGUUCAUAGCCUGUAUACUUGUGAAAAAUAAAGAGACUCCAAACAGUUUUCCUGGUUUCUGAAGAUUUAUUUGAGCUUGCAUUUUGUUAAAAUGUCUGAAUACAUAAAAAGUUAUUUAAAAAUGUCAAACUGACCAGAUAUCAAAUUUCAUUUUUUUUUUUCAUCUUUAAAAACCAUUUGGUGUAAAAACUUAGGACAUAUUUAGAAAAACAUUUGUUGUUUCCCCAAACUGUUUUGUAGCUGUCACAUAAAAAUAAUGGGAAAA